UGUUCCAAUUCAUCCUUUAUGGGGCUGAUUAUUAAUCCAAGGAAGGAGCUUGAGGAAACGAUGCGGUCCUGGUUAGAUGAUGGGAAUUCUCCCUCAACGUCUGCUUCACCCUCUUCACAUACUGUACUUCCUCAGGUUCCCGGUUGCUCUACCUCAUCGUAUAAUGGUUAUAAUGUCUGUCGGUUGUUAGCAUGGAGGGAGAUUUCUCCACGUGCCAAACACUCAUCAAGAAGACUGUGGGGAGAAACUUCUAAAUGCAGCAUUGAUUUCUUAUGGCCAAAGUGCGAAUCUACUGAUGCAAAACUUAGUCUUGUUUCAUGGGUUGAAGCAGAGUCAUUGCGGCAUUUAUCAGCCAAGUACUGUCCACUGGUUCCUCCUCCUAGGUCGACUAUUGCUGCAGCCUUUAGUCCAGAUGGAAGAACGCUUGCUUCUACACAUGGUGACCACACUGUAAAAAUUAUUGAUUGCCAAACUGGAAGCUGUUUAAAGGUUUUGACUGGUCAUCGGCGGACACCCUGGGUGGUAAGCCUGCAUAUGAUGGGAUUAUACUUUUAUUCUUUGUCUUAAAUAUGAUAUGCUUUUUAGGCA